AUGGCAGAUGCAGCUCUUGUUCGAUUGCUGGUCAUCGUGAACAAAGACAAUAUUGUGAGAGUAGAGCUAAGCAAUGGGAUUCCUAACUCUCUGGACGAGCUAAUUGAAGAAGUCCAGAAUGCUUGUGGAUUAGGGGGAUACAUGAGGCUGCAGUACAAGGACACUGAUUUUGGAAACAUCUUUGUGAAUCUAACAACUGUCAUUUAGGACCUUACAGUAUCAGAGUUGUCCAGUUAGACCCUGAUUCGACAACUAUUGUCUUGUAUCCAGUUGAUCUCCCAUUAAGUAGCAGUAUUCCAGUUGAACCAGGCCGUGACAACUCCUCCCUCGGAUCGUCAAAUAUAGAUGACACUAUACUACUUAGCAGCCCUUCCCCUGACUCACUAAGAACACAGCAGUGGCCAACAGCAUUUCCCAUCCCAACAUUUUCCUUUGACACAGAAUGUCAACUACAGAAGGGAAAUGCAGAGUACACAAGAAGCCAUUCUAGACUGACAGGAAUGCUGUCUGACAUACUGGAGAAACUAGCUGAAAGAGUCUACACAUACAAAGCAUACCGUACAGAUGCAGACUUCAGUGAAGUUGCUUUGGCACUGACAAAGAAGCACUCCUGCUUGAGAGAACCAGGGUCUUACAAUGAGAGCUAUGGCUGGAAACAAAGACUGAAAGUAGAAAUGGCCAACUACCGGACUCUGCUUAAGGCACACAGCACAUCUGCUGAGCUCACUGUUAAUUCUUCCAAAUCCAAGUCUCGAGAGGAGGCCCACCCUGCAAAGAAUUUGAAGAGACCAAGACGAGCCGAGGUUAACCAUUUUCCACCCUUACCUAGUGGUGAGACUCAAGAAAGCCUGGAACAGGAGAGGAUUUUCCUAUUGAUGGAAAACCAGAAAAGAAACAACCGUCCAACAUUAAAGGACAAGAUGGCAAAGACAUUUGGUUACAGAAAACAAGAAAUCAUGCACAAGAUGCCGAGCGUUGACGACAUCCUGGAAAGAUGGCCUGCACUUUUUCAGAUGGAUGAGAUCAGUGCUGAGUUCCUAAGAAUUACCACCCUUGGAGACAAAGUUCUUGGCACAGAUGGACAAACAUACCCCGAAACUGCUGGAGGUCAUCAGGAGCAAGGGGGGACUUAUAAAAGAAAAAGCUGCAAGGACCUUACUGUGGACAUCAACACCAGAAGGGAAUAUAUCCUCAAACUGGUGAUGAUCCACCUUGGUGAACCUGUUUACCAGCUUAUCAAAGAUCUCCAGUCCAAGAUGAUUAACAUAAGUUGGCUGUGGUUCUUACUCUUGGGCAAAGACGUGGCUGAGGAUGCUUUUUCUCACUGCAGCGUUCGCUACUACAAUCGCCGCUGCCGCUCCGAGUGA